CCCCCACCUCGGGAAGCAGGAUUUCAAUUACAUGGCUGAGCGAUGCCUUUCUAACCUAACAAAAGGCAGAUCCGGCUGGUUGGGAUGGAAACGGAGUCAGGGUGAGACAGAGAGACAGGAGGAGACACACACACACUCACAAAGCCAAACAUUACUACCCGAAUAUUCACACAAACACACAGAGGUGUAAGGAGGUUUGUGCUUCACGCCUCCUGAUCAUGACGACUCGUGGAUGUUUGCUUGGUCUCUUCCUUCUCACGCUUAGAUUAUCAGAGUCUGUAGGUACCUGGAGGUUAACUGCAGAUGUAUUACGCCAUGUCAGCAGUGACCAAUCAGCCUCUUCCCUUUGGUCAACUGGAGCGAGAGAAGCACAUCCAGAUGAUCUUCAAAGCUUUCCAGAACCGCUGUGGGCCUUCAUGUGAGUGUCACACUCACUCACCUGGACCCAAACACCACCAAACGCCUCCUGACUGGGAAUCUGAUGAGCAGCUGCCAGGUCUGGCUCUGCCUGGGAGGAAGCUGGAGAACGGCUACACGCAGCCACCAGGGAAAGUGAGCAGGCCUGGGGUGGAGGAGCAGUGGCCUGAAGAUGCAGCAGGAUCACACUUCAUGUCUGUGCUGGAAACGGUCAGUCAAAUACAUAUCACUGCCAGACCAGAGCUGCAAGGUCCACAAUGUGUUCCUAGGAGGAUCUACAGCAUCACCACAGGAGGCAGCAGGUCACAGUUAUUUGUGGCUGUGGAAGAGAGUUCUUGUGUGUGCCUCCAGUGUUGCGGUCCAGCUCGGGCUUGUUCCUUGCAGGGCUUCGACUGUCAGGGCCAGCAGGUCUUUUAUUUUGAAAGGCCGCUCAGGGUGGACGCCUGCUGCUUCGGCUGCUGCCUGAUGGAGAUGAGGGCCUACACACCUCAAAAACAUCUCAUCGGCACUGUAUGUCAGAGGUGGAGCAUGUUCACUCCUCUCCUGGAGGUGUGCGGUUCAGAAGGAGCAUCCAACAUCAGGAUCCAGGGCUCCUGCUGUCCAUACCGCUGCUUCUCCAACCAGCAGUUUCAGAUUGUCUCCAACAUCGGUGAGAAAAUGGGCACAAUAUGGAAGAAAUGGCCUGGGUUCAAUGAUGAUCAUAACAUGGACCAUGAACAUUUUGGGUUGGAGGUGCCCCUGAAUAUGGAAUCACACACUAAACUGCUGCUGCUGGCAGCCACCUUCUUGUUGAAUUACAUGUUCUUUGAAAUGAGCUGAUCAAUGAACAGGAUCAAUCAAGAGUAAAACCGGCAUCGUUGACAACUAAUAAGGCGCACCAGCUGAGUGCAGUUCAUGGUACAAGAAACUUCAUCAUUAAAUUGUAUUUGUCUGAGUUUCAACAUACAUUUAUGAAAGAAAAAUGACACAGAACCAGCUUUAGCAGCAGAUGCAUAAUUGACAUUUAUUGCUAUAAUCCAUCAGGUGUACAUCCAGCAGUGGUUCUUCACUUUUGACACACACCUGCACCCAUCAUCACACCACCAAACACGGGCAGCAUUACAGUCUUUCACCAAACUUAAUAGGCGCUUUCUUAACAUGAUUCCAAAAAAAUGCUCCCAAGGAAUUGAUAAAAACUGUAACAGACCCUGACCGUGGGCCCAAUUUCAUUUCUUUUAC